AUGGACGGAAAGGAUGUGGAUUGGUCAGUAAAUGCCUCUUUGGAGAUGUUCCAGUUAGGAAGCAUUAUUGGACCAGUCUCUUACAGGUUCGCUGCUAUCAAACUUCCCCAAGAGAUGACCAAAAUGCUUUGGCUUUAUCUACAAUUCCUUAUUUUGGUGAGUUGCACCAGUGCUAAGUUGGGGUGUAAGGAUAUGGACGGAAAGGAUGUGGAUUGGUUCGCUGUCAUCAAACUUCCCCAAGGUAUCGUUGAUAAAGAGGGAAAACACUUUGUCUACAUUGAUCCACAACAAGACAAUUGGACUUUGAGUGCUUCGCCAAUCAGCGACAAGACAUCGGCUAUUGGAGCGACAAUCAGUCAAUUUUAUGGGAUCAAUAAGAAUAACACCUUUGCCAUUGCGUACAAUGAUAAUAUUCCGGGUAAGAAGACGGCUAACAGUCAGCGUGCGCAUAGCAAGGGAGUAGCGGUAUUUGAUGCCGAGUUUGGAUUCUGGAUGAUACAUAGUACACCUAAUUUUCCGACACCAUAUGGUAAGCGCUAA